GGUAACAAAACAAUGUUUAAUCAAACCAAACAGGACGCGAAGUUUGGCCUCGUCAGUGACGAACUCUGCCAACUUAUUCUUACAAUAAACUUUGCCUCCAUCAGUCCCGUCCUGUCCGUGAUUGGUCUCUGUGGAAACAUCAUCAACAUCAUUGUCUUCGUGACGCAAGGUUUCCACGACACGGUCAACAUUAGCCUUUUGGCUUUGGCCGUCAGUGACAUGGGGAUGCUGCUGAACAGUCUCAUCAUUGCUAUCUUCAACAAUCCCUUAUUACUCGGUUCAGGUAUUUUGAUUGAGCCGCAAGAGUUUCAGACCUCCGUGGCUGGCUGGCCCAUCGCCUCCUUCAGCAAGAUCACCAGCUGGAUCACGACGUACAUCACAUUCGAAAGAUGUCUGUGCGUUGUGGCCCCAUUGAGAGUUAAGAGAUUGGUCACUCCUAAACUCGUUGUUUUCAUAAUGGUUUCAAUCUACGUCAUGAUGUUUGCAACCCUCAUACCCGAGUACAUGACCUUUUAUUUAGACUGGAAAUAUUUUCCCAACAGAAACAAAACUAUGAUUGGUAUAGUGCCAAGAAAGUACAGCGAGGCUGCAAGGGGGAUAACUUUUACAAUUCACACAUUUAGCCAGUUCGUUUCGUUUCCUUUAAUUAUACUUUUCACGGCUAUUCUUAUUGUAAAAUUACGACAAAAAUCAAAAUGGCGCGUUAAAACCACUUCCGGAGCAGACCAGGUGUUGAAAAACAUGAAUAAAAAAGGUUCCAAGACAAUUAAAAUGAUAACGGCUAUCGCAGUCAUCCACGUCCUUUGUUAUUUGCCGGCCAUCGUUGACUUGCUUAUUACUGUCACGGUUCCAGAAUUUUACAUCUUAGGACUUUACAAGAACUCAUUUCUAAUAGCAUUUUCUUUUCCUAACUUUUUCGAAAGCUUGAACUCGUCACUAAGUAUUUUCUUGUAUUACAGAAUGAGUACAAAGUACAGGUGCACAAUUAAAAUUCUUUAUUUACAAAUGAAGACCAAAUAUUAA